GGGCCGGAUCCAGUCUGACUAGAUAAUACUCAUAACAGGAGCUCGUUCCUGAUCCGAACCCGUUUCGCUGCCUCUUCUGCUAAAACUCUCGAGUUCAGCUUGCCUUCAUCAGAAACAAAAACCCUUGAACCACCGAUUGCUAGUGUUAUUUUUUGCAGCCCUCCGGCCGUCCGGUUCGUCCCGCACUUGCCAUUCUACAAAAUCUUUUACAGUGACCCCAAACAGCCCCUAAGGUUUUGUCCGUCGUUGACAUGCCGCAAGGAGAUUACAUAGAGCUGCAUCGAAAGAGGCAUGGCUAUCGCCAUGACCACUUCGAGCGCAAGAGAAAGAAAGAGGCUCGUGAAGUCCAUAAGCGCUCUGCUAUUGCACAGAAGGCUUUGGGUAUUAAGGGUAAGAUGUUUGCAAAGAAACGCUAUGCUGAGAAAGCUCAAAUGAAGAAGACACUGGCCAUGCAUGAGGAAUCAUCAAAUAGGCACAAGGUGGAUGAAGACGUUCAUGAAGGUGCUGUUCCUGCCUAUCUUCUUGAUCGUGAAACGACCGCACGGGCAAAAGUUCUUAGCAACACUAUAAAACAAAAGAGGAAAGAAAAAGCUGGGAAGUGGGAGGUUCCUCUACCCAAGGUCAGGCCUGUGGCUGAAGAUGAGAUGUUUAAAGUGAUCAGAUCUGGUAAACGGAAAACCAAGCAAUGGAAGAGGAUGGUCACCAAAGCCACAUUUGUGGGGGCAGGCUUUACAAGAAAGCCUCCCAAGUAUGAGCGGUUCAUUCGUCCUACAGGAUUGCGAUUUACCAAAGCCCAUGUGACGCAUCCUGAACUUAAGUGCACUUUCAAUCUUGAGAUAAUAGGAGUAAAGAAGAAUCCUAAUGGUCCCAUGUAUACCUCACUUGGUGUUCUGACCAAGGGAACUAUAAUUGAGGUGAAUGUUAGUGAGCUAGGUCUUGUUACACCCGCUGGAAAAGUUGUGUGGGGUAAAUAUGCUCAAGUGACAAAUAACCCAGAGAACGAUGGUUGUGUUAAUGCGGUUCUGCUCGUCUGAUCGUAGCUGGACUACUGUAAAAUUGUCCAACACUGUUAACAGUUUCCCGCAUCAUCGGGAGAGAAAUCCUGGUGUGCUACUCCUGUUGUCCCAUCUCUUUAACGUGGAUUAUUAAGGGAUAUUUCAAUAUUGGCCGAGAGAGCCAAGAGCCAGGGUGCUCUUCCCUGUAGUUUAACAUGUGCACUGCGUUUAGUUUGCAUUUGUUUCCGUGGGAGCUUUAUAGAAGAGCAAACCAGGAGUUGUAUGGAUUGGUUCAGUGUUGAUACAUUACUUCCAUUUUUUUACAUGAGUUAAAUUUUAGUUUUAAACAAGGUUUUAGAAAUA